AAUCGAUAGAUAAAGCAAAGCUCAGCAUUCAGCGCUGCGCGAAUUCCCGUUUUCCCUUCUGUCACCCCACUGGACGUGUUUAGAGAAUACGACCGGGAACUGCACGCCCAGUCUUUUGAUGGUAUGGAUAACUCACGUGUAUCAAACCGUGAGUUAUCCAUACCAUAUCAACGUGUGAAACGCUCCUGGCCAUAACAAAGCCAAAAACCCUGUUUCGUCGAGCCGACGUAGGCGAGCCCAUGUGUUAUCCUCUUUAAAGGCUGUCGACCGACGUUACGUGCGAGAGGCCACAUUCUAAUUCAACAGCCAGACGACGCAUGGCGAUGGCAGACAGUCUUUGGCUGACGAGAAUAAUAACGCAUAGAAGCUAGCUAGGAAGGUGGUUAUAGCAGACCAGCACGGCCACUCUCCAUCGUUCGUGGUGUGUCGAGUGCCGUUGUGUGAAUGUUUUGAUUCUGUCCUCUCUAUCGUGAUUAUCUACACUGAGCCUAUCUGCCUGUCCAGCCGUUUUCCUGCCUGGGUUCUCCGUCGCCAUCCGAAUUGUUAUUGUUGCUAGUAUUUGUGUUGAUGUUGCCAUUGCGGGCCACUUUUUGGUUUGUGUCGAUUGUUCUACUCUGCGCCGCCGUUCGUCGAUCCGCGUUCGUCUUUCGGUCGGUCGGUCGAUUGGCUGCCUGGUCUGCUGACGGCUGGCUGUGCGGUCCAUGUGCUGGGACUACGGCAAGCGCAACUACUACUCUACAACUGGCUGGCGGCAGAAGCAAAAGCAGCUCUGUUCAUCAAAGUGGUAGUGUUUUUGCCUUAGCUGCAGCUGUCCGUGAGCCUCGAUUGGCCUGUCGGAGCGGUUGUAGGUUGAUUAGUGUUUGUUGGCAGAAGUGCUACGGCAGCGGCAGCCGCAGUUGCAGUGGUUGUAUAUGCAGUAGCAUUGGUAGGGGAAUGAUUGCGCCUCUGCACCAGCAGCUUUUUUAAGCCAGUGUUGGCUGUUGCUGCUGAUGGUGGUACGCAAGAACGAACCGGGGCAGUAAACAUCAGCAACAGCAGCGUAAAAGAGAGAUGUUGAGUUGAGAAUCACUUCUCUCGGAAGAAGUUGUGAGACACGGAGCAAGCCGUUUCUUUUUCUUCCCCUUCACCUACGCAAUACGAAAGUCCUCGUUAUUAUUGCGACAACGAUACAACAUAUAAAUAGAGAGCGCUGUAUUUCACGGAACGAGGAUUAGUGACGAGCCCAAACAGGGACGGACAGAAUAAAUGAAGAAGUCAAUUAUAAGGAAAUUUUGCGUGGUUGUUGUGGGGGCGACGUGGUGUAGUGAGUGCUAAGCCGCCGACUUUUGGUGAUAAUUAGAUAGCUUCUACUAUUAGUGGAGAUCGAGAUAAAUACAAAGCAAGUCGACAGUCAGGUCUCUGUUGGCCCGAGACCCCCCUCCCCCCCCCGCGGCGGUUUGAGAGUGCAAUAUACUUAAACUUGAACAGGAGUCCCGAUCAGGCAAAAGUCUGCCGUGACCUUUGCGAGGCUGGAGAAACGGUGGCGUCCCGUAGAUGGUGCGGGUAAACGCACGAUUACCAGUGCACUAGUGUCAUCAUGUCUCGCCAUGAAGGCGUAUCGUGCGACUCGUGUCUUCGCAAUAACUUUAAGGGGCGUCGGUACAAAUGCCUCGUCUGCUUUGACUACGACCUUUGUGGAAGCUGUUUUGAGAGCGGAGCAGCAAGUGCGCGUCACAUAUCUUCGCACGCGAUGCAGUGCAUGCUACCACGCGCCGAAUAUGAGCUAUACUACGCUGGGGAAAGCGCCUCCCUCACAACGGAUGCACCGCUCUCGUUGACCUGCCCCUAUUGCGGUCGUAUGGGCCUUACCGAGACCGCCCUCUACGAUCACGCGUGUGGCGAACACUCGGAUCUAGCCGUUGAAGUCGUAUGUCCGGUAUGCGCGUCACAGCCCGGUGGCGAACCGAAUAAUUUAGUGCUAGAUUUUGUCGCGCACAUUCAGCGGGAACAUCGGACGGGCACAACUGCCGGGGGGGUCGGAGGGGGAGGUGGCAAUGACGAGGGCCAUGGACAUCCUCAUACAGGUGGCCAUCAUCCUAGUGGAGGUCAUGGAGCUCACCACGGUAUUCCACCUCCUUCACACAGCAACAGCAGCCUGCAAAUACAACAGGCGGGCGGGCAACAGCCAAACGGAACCUCAACUCAGCACGACCUACGUCAACAGCCAAGACGAAUGCCCUCUCGAGGAGGAACUGCUGGAAGUGGAGGCGCCGGCUUGGGUGGUCGGACUUCUCGACGACAUCCGCAGAUGGCCUUUACUGCGAUGCCACUUUCGCCUCGGGACUCGGCAAUGGAGUCAAUUACGGAGCUUCUGUCGCAGUUGUCUGGCACUCGAAGGGCAACAAGCGGUACGGGCACGGCCGCUGGACAGUCGGCCCACAGCGCAGUGCCCUCUGCGCAGCAAACCAUUCAACAACUUCAGAUGCAGUUGGAGCGACAACAUUCUGCUGUAGCUCGACAGCAACUCACGGAUAAACUGCCUCGUCGGACAGGCGGUUUAUUAGACGUAGGUGGUGCAGGAAGCUCGAGCUUGCUGCCGUCUCACCAGUCAGGCUCAUUAGCAGGCACGCAGGACAGCGGUCACCAGAGCUCACUGGGAGCUGCUUCAGGCCAAUCGCAGUACUUGCUCUCCAGGUACCUGAAUAACGGUAAUGUCGGAAUUAGCGGCAGUGUGGCAGGCGUUUUGGGGGGCUGCCUAGGGGGAUCGUCUGCGGCAACGACUGCGGUGGCGUGGUCAACUGCGGCGACGGUAGCGACGGGGCCAUCGACAGGCGGAUCUUUCACCUCAACCACAUCGGGUUCACAGGCUACUUCAGCAGCGGCGCCUGAUCGCGCUCAAUUUGUGGAGAAUCUAUUGCUUAAUUCACUUCUGCCCAACAGUGCUCUCUGGAAGCUGCAUUGUGCCACGGCCAACUCUAGUCAUAAAAAGUCGACGUCAUCAGCCAUUGGCGGUGGGAGUGACGGAGCCUCUGCUGCUCGCAACAUAAACGUCGCAAACAACAGUAGCAGCAGUAAUUACGGCAACCACAACAACAACAACAACAAUAAUACCAGUAAUAGCAGCAGUCGCACUAAAUAUAAACACAAUAAACCAGAGCUUAGUCUAAAGCUACUCGUAGCACAGGUGGACGACAGCAAAAGGCGGCAACAACAGCAGCAGCAGCAGCAACAACAACAACAACAACAGCAGGCGUCAUCCACAAUAGUUGCUGCUGCUGCCGAUGAUGAUGAUGACCACGCGAACAUAACAGACGACAGUUCGCUAGCAGACGACGAAGAUGACUGGGGUGAUCUUGCGGGGGCCAGUUCAGACAAUAACGGUGCAGCUGCCGGUGGAAAUUCCGGUGCUAGCUUUUCUGGUGGUAGUGGCGGCGCUGGCGGAGCUGCUGUUCAUAGGGGUACUAAUGGUAGUAAUGGCCCUGCAGCAGCGUCGGGAGACGCCGGUGGGAGCAGUGGACAUAGCAGUGCAACGAAUCCCACUCCUUUCCUGGUGUCUGCAGGAUCCAAUGUUCAACAACAACAACAACAACAACAGCGCGACAACGAUAAUCCGUUACCAGCGCCGCCGCCGCCGGGAAGUGACUAUACGAGGCAAUGAGCGUGUAACAUACGUUUUUUUUCCAAAACUUUAAAAAUAUAUACUAGUAAAAAUAAUAACAAUAAAAAGAAGAAUGACAAAGAAGAAAUAAUAAUUAAGGAAAAUGAGAGUUGCAACAAAAAGAGGUAACAAGAGUAUCAUUGACUGAGAGUUACGCAACGAAUAUGAAAUAAAUAAUGAUGAUAACAAUAUCAUCAUCAAGAGAGGAGUUGAUCACAUGAUGGCGUCAAGACGAAAAGAAGAGCUACGAAUGCGUUUUGUGCGAUGAAAAAGCGCAGUCGAAGUAUGACACGCCGACAGGAGUGAUUAUUGGGAUACAUAUGUGUACUGAACACUCCAUAGAGAAAAAUUACAGGCGCCAUGGCAGCCGCGUUUAAACGUUUACCUGCCUUAAGCCAACUGUCUAAUUAAAACCACAGUGUAAAUCCUUGUCGUACUGUGAUUACAUGACACUCCUGCAACGGAGCAGUGCUCUAAAAAAAUUGUUUCGUCGUGUUUUAGCUACGAGGUGAGUGCGGGGUGGGUGGAACCCCCCUCUGUCUUGUUCAUUUCCCGAAGGACAGCAACCUAGUUAAUUAAAAAUACAUGCAAUCGGCUGAUUUCUAUAAUUGAGCUUACUCAAAAUAUUCUCUUACUGUAGAGCAUCUACUGAAACCGACAGUAGUGAAAAAGUACCAUAAAGUGCAGAUUUGCAUUUCAGGUAAAACAUCGUUUCGAUAUAAAUUAGGCGUGAGACAAGCCAUACACGAAAGAAACUUUUGCAGCGCUUAAAAACCUAAUUGCGUAAAAACAAACACAGUAGAAAAAAGUCAAAGGUCAAGCAACAAUGACCGCCAUGACACACGUCAAUAAUCAAACGUUGCUCUCGGGAGGAAGUAUGGAUAAUAAAUGAGGGAAAGAGUUUAGAAGGGACGGAAAAAAGCAGAUUGAUCGAAACAUACGAUGAAGCAUCGUCGAGGAUAAUUACACAUAUGUACACUUAGUACGUUACCCGAAGGGCUUCGAGAAACGACUGGCAGAGGUUGAUAAGAGGAACAGCAGUGGUAUCCAAAAAAAAAA